AUGUACGCGGACACCAUUCUCAAAGCAACCGAAGCUUCCUUCGUCGUCGUCCUCGCGGAGGAGUGUGACAGGGACGCAGCAAAGCAGCAGCAGCCAAGCAAGGCGUUGGAAAUUCCUUCUGGAAAGAAGGAAAAAAGUAAGAAAACUGGAGUGGAAAAACAUCUACGGUGCAUCUCUGACUUUUCCUCCUUGAAAACAAAACAAGCAGCCACCGCCAUCGCUUUCUGCAGGCGAAAGAAAGCGACGUGCAUCCGACGUGCUUCACGACCGUCGGGCCGUAGCAAUCAAAACACCACCAUGAGCGUACGCGACCAGCCUCUGCCGCUGCUUUUAGCGAGCCAGAUGCAAGAAAGUGUCAUGACUGCUUUUCAUCCUGUCGACUCUGCAGUCGGAAAUGCCGUUCCGCUGCUGCAGAGGUGCAGCGCCGCCGGCGAGGCACGAGUGACUGAGAGCCCUGGAGGUGAUCGGUUCCAUUGGAUCUACCUCUUAGGUCCCCCACUGAGCUUCUGGCAAACAUUCUUUGCGUACGCUUUUCAAGAGUAUCGGCAAACUUUCGUCCGCUCGCACCGGUGCCGGCUUUGGUGA